AGCCGAAAUAUUUGGACGGUGCCACCAAAUUAACUUACGUAGAAGGUUUCGAUGGCGACUAUGUUAAACUUGAAAAUUUGCUUCAAAAGGACCAUCUCAAAAAUGCGUUCUUAUGUGCGUUGACCGUUGAUUUGGAAUGGCUAUUAAACAAAUUACCUCAAAACAUUCUUAUUGUAAUUGCAAAACAUUGGAACUCUGCACAAGAAGCUGAGGGAGUAUACAUUUUACCGGAUACAAAUAUAUUACUUGUGCAUCCACCACUUCCGAAUGCAACAUUUGGAUGUUUUCAUGCAAAAUUAAUGCUGUUAUUUUUCGAUGGAUGGUUGAGAGUAGUUGUUGCUUCAGGAAAUUUAAUAUCUUAUGAUUGGGAGAUUAAUGAAAAUGUUGUAUUCGUUCAAGAUUUUCCUAGUCGCCAGGUUACAGAUUCAAAUGAUGAUAAUCUUCAUCCAUUUGCUCAAGAUAUCAAAGAUUUUAUCUUAGCAAUGGGUCUUAAAAAUCACAUUGUUAACAAACUUUCUCAAUAUGAUUUCUCAAAAGCCAAGGCGAAAAUUGUUGCCUCCAUACCAGGUGUAUAUAAAGGAACCGAAGAAAUCAAAAGAUACGGCCACAGGCGUUUGUGCAGAGUUAUCCAGGAUGUCUGCGGCCCAAAUGAAAAUAUUAUAUUAGAAUGUCAGACUUCGACUCUUGGUGGCCUUACCGCUGAUUUUCUACAUGAAUUUUAUCGUUCUGCAAGUGGGAUUGAUACUAUAGAAAUUUCAAAGUCGCGUACCAAAAAGAAUCAGGAAAUCGAGAGACAAUUACCCCCAAUGACGAUGGUUUAUCCAUCUAAUCGUACUGUCUUGUCUUCUAAAUCUCCGAAGGCGGCUAGUGCUGCACUCUUUUUUGGAAAGAGAAAUUACGAUAAGGAUACUUUUCCUAGAGAAAUUAUUCGAAAUUGCGUGUCUAAACGAAAUGGAAUUUUGAUACAUUCGAAGUUUGUUUUGGCACGUUAUAUUCAACAAGAACAUCCAAAAAAUCCACAAAAGCGUCAAAAGACAAAUAAAUUCAUCAGUGAUGAGAUUCGUGAUUCAAGUGAUGACAAAGUCGGGUUUACACUAAAAUCUGAUAUAUCGAAGGGAACAAGUAUCGAAUCACCAAUUACCAUCGAUGAUGAAGACAUAGAUCCUAUCAGGGGAUGGUAUUAUUGCGGAAGUCACAAUUUCACAAGUUCAGCUUGGGGAAAAAUUUCUGCAUCUCGUGAGACAAAGGGACCUCAGUUGAGAAUUAAUAAUUGGGAAUUAGGCGUCUUUUUUCCAAUUAGAGGAAGUGAGAAUGAUCGGGGAGAUUGGUUUGCUGAAAACGGUGUUCCAGUGCCAUAUCAGAGGCCACCAAGAUGUUAUGAUCUAAAUGAUGCACCUUGGUGA